AUGGUAGACUCGCAGAACGCCUCUGGCUCAAGAGCCUCGGCACCAGACUUGGAUAUUCUGGGGGACCAAGUUACGCUGCACCCGAGUGGCUAUAUCGAGCCCCCCGACUCGCAGAAAGAUGGAGACCGGAACCUGGUGGAAAACAUGGCGAGGUUUAGAUCGAGUCCUCUAGAAUUCCUAAGAGAAGUCUCCCUUCACGUUUCCGGGACUGGGUGGCGUGCCUACAACAACUUCAUCGGACAGCCAAUCUUCUAUUCUGGGUUCUCGGAAGCCAUGACACAAGCUGUCCUCUCCACCCCUAUCUUGCAAAAGCGCAUAAUGGAGUUGGCGGAGAAGAGAAUCGCGGUUGAGGAGAAGGAAGGAUUGUUGAAUAAGGAUGAUCCGCUGUACGCAGGCAAAAGGACGCAGAGGAAAUUGGUCAUUGUGCAAAGUUUGCAAGACCUAAGUGAGAAAUGGACUGGAGAUAUGAUCUGUAAGAUGGAGAGCAAGCCAUUCAUCAGGUCGGCAUACUAUAUGUGCACCCAGCUUCUGACGAGGGCAUAUCACCAGGGUAUACAUGUCUCAAGUGAGGAGGUUAUUCGACUGCGGACGGUAGCGGAAAAGGCGGAGAAGAAUAAGCAGAGCAUUAUUUUUCUACCUUGCCACCGUUCGCAUGUUGACUAUGUCUCGAUGCAUUUAAUUUGCUAUCGUCUCGGUCUGGGCCUUCCCACAGUUGUGGCCGGUGACAACUUGAACUUCCCCGUCGUAGGGAGCUUUCUGCAGCAUGCUGGAGCAAUGUGGAUCAGACGGAGCUUUGGCGACGACAUUCUCUAUACAACUUUGGUCCAGUCAUACAUUGACACUCUCCUCCAAGGAGGCUUCAACUUCGAAUGUUUCAUCGAAGGUGGAAGAUCGAGAACCGGCAAACUGUUACCUCCGAAAUUCGGAAUUCUGAGCUUCAUUUUAGACAGUAUCCUUUCCGGUCGAGUAGAAGACACAAUUAUCUGCCCAGUAAGUACGCAGUACGACAAGGUUAUUGAGACGGAAGGAUAUGUCACAGAACUGCUGGGAAUGCCGAAGAAGAAGGAGAAUCUGGCAGACUUUCUGUCAGCAUCUUCGGUGUUAUCUUUGCAACUUGGACGGGUUGAUAUUAGAUUCCACGAGCCAUGGAGUCUACGAGAAUUCAUCCAGAAUCAACAGUCUCGGACUACGGCUAUUCCUAAAGGAAUCGAUAUGAAGAGCACUAUUGAUCCCGCUACGAAACAGAAAUUGCUUCGAACGCUGGGCUACAAAGUUCUUUCGGAUAUCAAUGCCGUAUCUGUGGUCAUGCCGACUGCCCUGAUAGGCACUGUGCUCUUGACCUUGAGAGGGAGAGGCGUUGGGCAGUCUGAGCUGGUCAGGAGAGUUGAGUGGCUCAGCGAUCGAGUACGGUCCAAAGGUGGACGAGUCGCUCAUUUCGGCAAGACACCAACGUCCGCAGUCAUUGACCGUGCUCUGGGUGUCUUGGGCAAAGAUCUUGUGGGUCGCGUAGAGGGCUUGCCUGAGCCAACAUAUUACGCUGUCGAUCGAUUCCAGCUGUCUUUCUACCGAAAUAUGACCAUUCAUCUCUUCAUCACGGAAGCUUUGGUCAGCGCCGCCAUGUAUACUCGUGUCAAGCGCGGAGGUGGUCCUGACAAUCAGAAAAUCUCACAUGAGGCCCUGCGAGAACAAGUCUUGUUCCUAUCGCAACUUUUCAGGGCAGAAUUUAUCUACCCUACCGAAGGGCUUGAAGUGAAUCUAGACAAGACUCUCAAGGGGCUGGAGAGUGACAAAGUUGUUGCCCUGGACUGGGAUGACAGGGGCAACAUCAUUGCUGUCGGUCUAGCAGAGGAAGAGCGUGCUGCAGGCCGCGAGAACUUUGAUUUCUACUGCUUCUUGAUCUGGCCAUUCGUUGAAGCGUUUUGGCUCGGUGCUGUAGCAUUAAUGGGAUACACUCCGCCGCUAAAUUACAAAGGAGACGGAUGGCUAGAUGUCAAGAAGUGCCAGGAUAGUGCACAGCUUCUUGGCAAAACCCUGUACCACCAAGGCGACCUCUCCUACUUCGAAGCCGUCAACAAGGAAACGCUCAAGAACGCCUGGGUCCGCCUGGAGGAAGAGGGCAUCGUCAUCGUGGCCAAGAGCCGCGACCCCAAGAUCCUGCCUCGCUCCAAGCUCGCGCCCGACUGGACCCCGGACCGCAACUCGGACACCGGCCACAUCGUCGCCCAGGGCCGGCUGUGGGAUUUCAUCGAGAGGAUCGCACAGUCGAGGCGGGAGGGCAAGAAUCGACGGGAUGGCGCCACGGUCUCGACGCGCGUGCUGGGCUUGACGGAGAGAAUUGCGCAAAAACUCUUUGAUGAGGCGGCUGGGGAGAUGCUGAGCGAGGAGGAUCGGACGGACUUGGGGAGGAAGCAGCAGAAGAAGAGGAGGCAGGCGAUGCAUGCGAGGGCGCAUCUGUAG